AUGGCCGAGGGAAGUAAUUCCCCGUUGAAAAACAUUUCAUCUAGAGACGGGGGCUACCAGGAUCUCCCAUUCCCCUGGGUGGUAACCGUACUGGCCAGUGUCCUCAUCACCACGAUGGUGGUCGAUAUUUUGGGCAACCUGUUGGUGAUCUUCUCUGUCUUCAGAAACAAGAAACUCAGGAAAGCAGGAAAUGCCUUUGUGGUGAGCCUGGCUAUAGCAGACCUGGUAGUGGCCAUCUACCCCUACCCCCUGGUGCUGACAGCUAUCUUCCACGAUGGCUGGAUUGCCGGCUAUAUCCACUGCCAGAUCAGCGGCUUCCUCAUGGGCCUGAGUGUCAUCGGUUCCAUCUUCAACAUCACUGGCAUCGCCAUCAACCGCUACUGCUACAUCUGCCACAGCCUUAAGUACGACAAGCUCUUCUCCAACAAGAACACUGUGUGCUACGUCAUCCUGGUGUGGAUGCUCACCAUCCUGGCCAUCGUACCUAACUGGUUUGUUGAGUCUCUGCAGUACGACUCGCGGGUCUACUCCUGCACCUUCGCCCAGUCGGUCAGCUCGCUGUACACCAUCACGGUGGUGGUUGUGCACUUCAUCCUCCCCAUCAGCAUCGUCACCUACUGCUACCUGCGCAUCUGGAUCCUGGUCAUCCAGGUGCGCAAACGGGUCAAGCCGGACAACCGGCCCAAGAUCAAGCCCCACGACUUCCGCAACUUCCUCACCAUGUUUGUGGUGUUUGUGCUCUUUGCCGUUUGCUGGGCGCCCCUGAACUUCAUCGGCCUGGCAGUGGCCUUGAACCCGCGGCUGGGCAUGGCCAUCCCAGAGUGGCUCUUCACUGCCAGCUACUUCAUGGCCUACUUCAACAGCUGCCUGAAUGCCGUGGUCUAUGGGGUCCUCAACCACAACUUCCGGAAGGAGUACAAACGGAUCUUGCUGGCCAUCUUCAAGCUGCGCUGCUGAAUGGCCCUGUGAUGGACCGGUCGGUCCUGAAGCAAAAAAAAAAAAAAAAAAGAUUGGACAGCAUGGCAGUCACAUUGAGCAUGCUGAAUGAAUGGCUUCAAAUAAAAGAAAUGGAAUGUAAAUAACAAUAUUAAUGUCAUGGUGCAUUCUAUGUUUAGGCUUCUAUAACUUAUUGAUUUAUUUUUGGGCUUUAUGUGGUGAGGGUGCCUGUUGGUGUCAUAUCUUUUAAUGCGUUAUUUGAAACUUUUUAAUGGAACUGCUCACUGUUAAUAGUUGCCAUAUUGGAUCACAGAUGUAGAGCUGGAAGGCUCACAAUCAGGCACAGAAUUUCACUUAACAAUAUGAUACCUCUUCUUGGCUGCCUAGCCCAGAUUUCCUCUACAGAAAUAUGUUUAAGCUUCAGCAAUUUUAUUUCUUCCUCCAAAGAAAUUACCUUGUUACAAUCAAUACGUUAUUCCAAUGAGAUAAGCCAUAGCAACCAAAUGGCUAAGUGCAAUAUAUGAAUGUCUGUUUCCAUCAUGUCGAAAGGUUUUCCUACAUCAUCAUAGUGUAUAUUUGAUAAAAUUGUCAUUACAAAUCAUUGGAGUGUACAUUGAGCACAUCGAAGCAACAAAAGAUGCAGGGACCUUAGUUCUGUGCACAAAAAAAAGUAGUAGUAACAAGUCAGAGUUGCUUAUCGAUAAUACUCAGGAGUGAAAAGAAAAUGUGUACUUCUCUAAAAGUCUGCGCAUGUAAGAGCAAAUAGGGUAUUUCAUUUUGUGCUGCAUCUGCAAAGUGAAUGCUCUGCAAAUCAUUCUGCAGGUGAAUUUAUCCUCAUGAUGUUUCCCAGUUCUUGUAACCCUCCACCAGAUAUUAUACCGCAUACAGAGAGAUACAGGGGGACAGCUAAUAGAAAUGAAAUGUGUGGCAUAGCAUGCAAACAUUGUUUGGGUAAGACUAAAUAUACAAUAAUGCAAAUAUUGGACAUAUAGUGUACCAGUCAUGUGUUUUUUGCACAUUUCCACGAAGAAGGAUAUAUUGAAAUACCUAUGAAAAUUCAUAUUUUUAUAUGAAGAAUUCUGGUUAGCAUUGGCAAGUACAAAGGAAUUAUUUGGUCAUCCACAGUUGUAAAGGAUCACCCUUUUCUUUGUAACAUGCACACACCCACAGACACAAGGAGACCUAAUAAAGAAUGUUCACUGUGUAUAGUGUCUGGGAGUUUAUGCAUUUUUGUGUACCUGUAUACAUUUUAAAUGCACCAAAGGUUAAUGUUCACAUCAUUUUCAGAACAUAAAAAGAUAC